AUGGAGAACGAUAAGGGUGAAUUAGUCGAAUUAUACAUUCCAAGAAAGUGUUCUGCUACCAACAGAAUCAUCAAGGCCAAGGAUCACGCAUCCGUCCAAAUCGCCAUUGCCAACGUCGACGAAGAAGGUAGAGCUAUCCCAGACAGCAACACCCUUUACGCAUUGUCCGGUUUCGUCAGAGCAAGAGGUGAGGCUGAUGACCAAGUCAACAGAUUGGCUCAACAAGACGGUUUGUUAAACAACACCAAGUACAUAUUAACCAACAUGUCUACUGAAGCUACUGAAGAAAAGCCAUUGACAAGCGUCGAUGGUACCAUCGAAUCAAACUACGAUGAAGUCGCAACUACCUUCGAUCAAAUGAACUUGAAGCCAGAAAUCACCAGAGGUGUUUUCGGUUUGGGUUUUGAAGCUCCUUCUGCUAUUCAGCAAAGAGCUAUCAUGCCAAUUGUUGCAGGUAGAGAUGUCUUGGCUCAAGCCCAAUCCGGUACUGGUAAGACUGCCACUUUCUCCAUUUCUGCAUUACAAAGAAUCGACGAAAAGGAAAAAAAGACCCAAGCUUUGAUCAUGGCCCCAACAAGAGAAUUGGCUUUGCAAAUUCAAAGAGUCGUUGUCUCCCUUGCUUUACACAUGGACGUCACUGUUCACGCCUGUAUUGGUGGUAAAUCCGUUGGUGAAGAUAUCGAAGCUUUGAAGGCCGGUGCUCAAAUCGUUGUCGGUACCCCAGGUAGAGUUUUUGACAUGAUUGAGAGAGGUUACUUCAAGACCAAGGACGUCAAGAUGUUCAUUAUGGAUGAAGCCGAUGAAAUGUUGUCUGCUGGUUUCAAGGAACAAAUUUACAAGGUUUUCCAAUACUUGCCAGAAACCACUCAAGCCGUUCUUUUGUCUGCUACCAUGCCAAAGGACGUCUUAGAUGUCACCACCAAGUUCAUGAGAAACCCAGUCAGAAUCUUAGUCAAGAAGGACGAGUUAACCUUAGAAGGUAUCAAGCAAUUCUACGUCAACGUCGAAAAGGACGAAUACAAAUUGAUGUGUUUGAUUGACUUGUACGACUCCAUUUCCGUUACCCAAGCCGUCAUCUUCUGUAACACCAGAAGAAGAGUCGAAAUGUUAACCGAAGAAUUAACCAACCAAAAGUUCACUGUUUCUUCAAUCCACUCCGAUAUGUCUCAACAAGACAGAGACAAGAUUAUGGCUGAAUUCAGAACCGGUUCUUCCAGAAUCUUGAUCUGUACCGAUUUAUUGGCCAGAGGUAUCGAUGUCCAACAAGUCUCCUUGGUCAUCAACUACGACUUACCAGAUAACAACGAAAACUACAUCCACAGAAUCGGUAGAUCUGGUAGAUUUGGUAGAAAGGGUGUCGCCAUCAACUUGUUGGCCGACAAGGAUAUCACUAGAAUGAGAGAAAUCGAAAUGUUCUACAACACCCAAAUCCAAGAAUUACCAGCAGACAUUGGUGAUUUGUUCAACAACGACUAA